AUGGCCGGACGGUGGCUCCGCUGUGACUUCGAAGGAUGCGCUGGAAGGUUUAAGAGCUACCGCGGUCGCACUCACCAUGUUCGCAGCAAGCAUUAUAAUGGCAACACAGUUCAACGUGGCUCCCCGCUACCGCCAGAUGCUAUUGCCAGUGGAAGUAGUGCGCGUUCGGACCACAACAGUGACACUUCAGAUUCGGAUAAUCCAAGUCAAGCAAGCCACAGUGUAUGUUACAACGAUGAGGGGGACGUACCUCGGGCCGAGCCUAAGACCAAGAAGACAUCCCACCCGCAACUUACAGGCACUCCAUGCCGCCAUGACGGCGAUCAGCUAGAACCGGAUUCUCCCCCACCUCCAAGAGACAAACCUAGCAACGAUAAUUGGUCACCUUUCGAUUAUAGCGCGCAAUUCCAGAUCGCCGACCUUCUCUUUCGCAAAGACGAGAUGUCGGCUUCCAAUCUCGACGAGUUAUUCACUCUCUUGGGACUCAACCCACCGCCACCAGCCACUUCUGACUCUGAAGACUCGGCCAGUGACAUGGGCAUAAACCCCAAGGCCAGUGCUCCCUUUAAGGACCACGAUGACAUGUAUAACACCAUUGAUGCCUCGAAGCUUGGUGACGCUCCGUGGCAAUGUCUGAAAGUCGACCCUUGUGGUACGGCUGAAGAACCACUAUGGAAACAGAAGAUCUACGAAGUUUGGUUCCGAGACCCGGACAUCGUACUGCAAAACAUGCUCGAUAACCCUGAUUUUGAUGGCGAAUUCGACUAUAGUCCUUACGUCGAAGUCGAUGACAAGAAUAACAGACGCUGGGGUGAUGCCAUGUCCGCUAAUUAUGCAUGGCGUCAUGCAACAGAGAUCUAUAACGAAAACCCCGAGCAAAAUGAGCACACCAUGUACUGUCCUAUUAUCCUGGGAAGUGACAAGACCACGGUAUCUGUUGCUACUGGACAAGUCGAGUACCAUCCAUUGUACCUCUCUAUUGGGAACAUUUGGGGCAGCACUCGUCGCGCGCACCGUCAAGGAGUUAUACCAAUUGCCUUUUUAGCCAUUCCGAAAGCCGAUCGCCGCUAUGAUACUGAUGUUUCGUUUCGGAAAUUCAAGCGCCAACUUUACCAUUCAUCAAUCUCGGCGAUCUUCGCCUCAAUCAAGAACUAUAUGACUACUCCUGUCGUUCGACGGUGCCCCGAUGGCCAUUUUCGCCGGGUAAUCUUCGACUUUGGUGCGUUUAUUGGAGACUACCCAGAGCAAGUAAUGCUCGCAGCCAUUGUGCAAGGAUGGUGUCCACGAUGUACAGCACUGUGCACCGAACUGGAUAAUCCAACAUUUGCAGCAAGACGAGAGAAAGAGUAUACAAAUACAUUGAUUAGGACAUUCGAUCCAGGAAUCCUAUGGAACGAAUACGGAGUGGAUGAUGACAUCAUCCCAUUUACGAAUGAUUUUCCUCGAGCUGAUAUUCAUGAGAUGAUAUCGCCUGAUCUCCUCCAUCAAAUCAUCAAAGGUACCUUCAAGGAUCAUCUGGUAGCUUGGGUGGGAGAAUAUCUAGAACUUGAGCAUGGUCAAGCGGGGGCCAAAAGAAUUAUGGAUGAAAUUGAUCAUCGAAUAGCGGCGGCGCCAAGCUUCCCUGGCCUUCGUCGGUUUCCAGAUGGUCGUCGGUUUAAACAAUGGACAGGCGAUGAUUCAAAGGCCUUGAUGAAAGUUUAUCUGCCCGCCCUUGUGGGGUUUGUUCCAUCUGAGAUUAUCAAGACGUUCCGAAACUUCCUGGAUUUCUGCUACCUUGUCCGACGACCAGUCUUUACGCCACAAACACUCGAACAUGUCAAUCAAGCUCUGGCAGCGUUUCACCAAUCUCGUGAGGUCUUCCGUGAUCUAGGAGUUCGUCCCGAUGGCUUCUCAUUGCCACGACAGCACUCGCUCAUCCAUUAUCCCCACCUUAUUCAAGAGUUCGGAGCACCAAAUGGAUUAUGCUCAUCGAUUACUGAAUCGCGGCACAUCACAGCAGUCAAGAAGCCUUGGAGGCGAUCCAGUCGCUGGAAUGCCCUUGGUCAGAUGUUAACCACGAAUCAACGUUUGGACAAGCUUGCGGCAAUGCGAACUGACUUCGAGACCCGUGGGAUGCUGCCUAUUUCUCGUGACGCAGUGCCAAAGCCAGUCCCAUCUGAUCCACUAGAUGACUCGGCGGAAGGAUGCGCUCCCACAGAUGAUUUAGUCGAGGGCAAUGUUAUGCUUGCAAGGACGAGAAUACGCAACUAUCCUCGCCGUAUGGAUCUUCUGGCUGAACACGUCAACGUUCCCGAACUUCAUGGACUCACACGGCGAUUCCUAUACGACCACUUGUAUCCCCAUGCGCACUAUUCCUCUAACGACAUCACCUUGGACGACUGCCCUGAGAUCCAUUCCAAAGUAUCUGUUUACCACUCUGCCGUCGCCACAUUCUUUGCACCAAGUGACAUGUCAGGUAUCCGGGGUAUGCGCCGUGAGCGUAUUCGCUCUACUCCAGACUGGCGUGGCAGCGGAGAACGGAGGGACACUGCUUUUGUUGUGGAGGACCAGGAGCGCCCAGGUUCUGAAGGCAUGGCCGUAGUCCGUGUUCUUCUAUUAUUUUCUUUCAAAUAUGAUGACAUGUUGAUUCCCUGCGCUUUGGUCCGGUGGUUUAAACGAUACGGCCAACGUCCCGAUGCGAAUACCGGAAUGUGGAUAGUUCGACCGGAGACCACUGGCCAGAACGACACGCCUGUCCUAUCGGUUGUUCACUUGGAUAGCAUGCUUCGCCUUGCGCACCUUCUUCCUGUCUUUGGACCGGCAUAUCUACCCUCGCCGUUCUCUCAUACGCACUCCCUUGACGCUUUCAAGGCUUUCUAUAUCAAUAGAUACAUUGAUCACCAUGCAUUUGAGAUUUUAUUGUAG